AUGCGCUGUAGCAGAUGUGGAUGCUGCUCCGUUGUGAAGAGCAAGACCGUGUGCUGCUGCCCGUCGUGCCAGAAGACCAUCUGCUGCAGCCCAUGCCAGCAGUCCUGCUCCUGCGACCCAUGCCAGCAGGCUGUCUGCUGUGACCCAUGCUGCCGUGACCCGUGCCAGAAGACCGUCUGCUGCAAGCCCUGCUGUGCCCCAUGCCAGAAUCCCUGCUGUGACCCAUGCCAGAAGCCCUGCUGUGACCCAUGCCAGAAGCCCUGUUGUGACGCGCCGCGGCAGAUCCCCUGCUGCGACCCAUGCCAGAAGCCCUGCUGUGACCCAUGCCAGAAGCCCUGUUGUGACCCAUGCCAGCAGUCUGUCUGCUGUGACCCAUGCCAGAAGCCCUGCUGUGACCCAUGCCAGAAGCCCUGCUGUGACCCAUGCCAGCAGUCUGUCUGCUGUGACCCAUGCCAGAAGCCCUGCUGUGACCCAUGCCAGAAUCCCUGCUGUGACCCAUGCCAGAAGCCUUGUUGUGACCCAUGCCAGCAGUCUGUCUGCUGUGACCCAUGCCAGAAGCCCUGCUGUGACCCAUGCCAGCAGUCUGUCUGCUGUGAUCCAUGCCAGAAGCCCUGCUGUGACCCAUGCCAGCAGUCUGUCUGCUGUGACCCAUGCCAGAAGCCCUGCUGCGAUCCAUGCCAGAAUCCCUGCUGUGACCCAUGCCAGCAGUCUGUCUGCUGUGACCCAUGCCAGAAUCCCUGCUGCGACCCAUGCCAGAAGCCUUGUUGUGACCCAUGCCAGAAUCCCUGCUGUGACCCAUGCCAGCAGUCUGUCUGCUGUGACCCAUGCCAGAAUCCCUGCUGUGACCCAUGCCAGCAGUCUGUCUGCUGUGACCCAUGCCAGAAGCCCUGCUGUGACCCAUGCCAGCAGUCUGUCUGCUGUGACCCAUGCCAGAAGCCCUGCUGUGACCCAUGCCAGAAUCCCUGCUGUGACCCAUGCCAGCAGCCCGUCUGCUGUACCAAGGUGUGCCAGAAGACCUGCUGCAGCUGCGGCCAGGUACCCUGCUGCUGUACCUGCCGCCCUUGCUGCCCUGCUGAAUGUCUGUCUUGCUGCUCCUACACAGUGAAGAAGCCCAUUGUGCUGCGCUGCAGCCCUGUGCUGUGCUACUCUCCCCUGAGGAAGUAUGGCAUUCCCAUCCAGCAGUGCUGCACCUCAAUCAAGAGGCUUUGCUGA